CGCACGCUGUUCGUGAGUUGAGCUCGCAGGUUCUCGCGAUAGCGGCUUUUUCCCUCUCUCUCAGGGAAGAUGUCCGCCGGCGGGGACCUAAUUGAGCGGAUGGUGGUCACGUCGGAGAGUAGCGGCUCUAACGCGGCCGUUGCUCCUUCCACCUCCCCGACGGCAGCGAGUACAGCCACCACUACCACCGUGACUGCGGGCGGAGGAGUCGGGGAUGAGGAGGAAGAGUGGCUGUAUGGGGAGGAAAAUGAAGCUGCUGGGCCUGAUGAGGAGGAAGAAGACAUAACAAGCUCCCAUCCAUUACCUGUUGUUGAAACGGAAACUACUGAAAAUGGUGUGGCCAAAACAGUGACUGAAACUGAAGACGACAGUGAUAGUGACAGUGAUGAUGAUGACGAUGAUGUCCAUGUCACUAUAGGAGAUAUCAAAACAGGAGCUCCUCAGUAUGGGAGCUAUGGUACAACCCCUGUUAACCUGAAUAUAAAAACUGGAGGUAGAAUCUACGGACCUGCCGGAGGAAAAGUUAAAGGGGUAGAUUUGGAUGCCCCUGGCAGUAUUAAUGGCGUUCCUCUGGUUGAAGUGGACUUGGAUUCUUUUGAAGACAAACCUUGGAGAAAGCCAGGUGCUGAUCUCUCUGACUAUUUUAAUUAUGGAUUUAAUGAAGAUACCUGGAAGGCAUACUGUGAAAAACAGAAGAGACUUAGGAUGGGCUUGGAAGCACUUCCAGUCUCAUCGACAACAAAUAAAAUUACGGUACAACAGGGCAGAACUGGAAAUCCAGAGAAAGAUGCUGUAUUACAGACCACAAAACCAGAGUUCACUUCGCCAACAUCUUUAUUUAAAUCCAGUGCUCCACCUCCAAGUCGUAAACUUUCAGGCACGAUAGAUGUCAUUGGACAAACCACUACAAUUACUCGUGUGGAAGGCAGGCGAAGAGGCGCUAAUGAAAGCAAUAUCCAGGUAGUCACAGAACAGUCUCCUUCAGAGGUGGAUAAUAAUUUCAUCAAGCCACCACCACCAUUUUUUCCUCCCGGCGCACCUCCAACACACCUCCCACCACCUCCGUUAUUUCCACCACCUCCAAAUGUCAGUACUGCCCCUCCUCUUAUACCCCCACCAGGAUCUGGAUUGCAGUUAUCUUUCUCCAUGCAAAAACCAUCUAGAUAUGGUAUUCCCAUCACAGUGCCACCCCCAGGUUUCCCUCCUCCUCACGGUGGACCGCCGCCAUCUCUUAUACCAACCAUAGAAAGUGGGCAUUCUUCUGGAUACGACGGGAGAUCCGCGCCAGCAUUCCCAUAUGGUAGUGUUUCUUUUCCACACAUGCCUGGGUCUGGAGGCCCAUGGUCCAGUUUGGUAGAACCUUCCAAACCAUGGGAUUACUAUCCAAGAAGAGAAAAGGAGAGAGAUCGUGAAAGGGAAAGGGACCGAGACAGAGAGCGGGACAGAGACAGAGAGCGAGAACGUGAACGUCCAAGAGAGAGAGAACGAGAGCGAGACAGAGAACGUGAUCACAGUCCCGCCAUCGGGACUUACAACAGCGAAGAGGAGCGAUACAGGUACAAAGAGUAUGCUGAGAGACCAGAGAGGGGCUAUGACCGGCACAGGGAGAGAAUUAGUAGGGAGAAGGAAGAACGGCAUAGAGAGCGGAGGCAUCGAGAAAAGGAAGAGUCCUCACGACAUAAAUCAUCAAGAAGCAGCAGCAGGCGCCGCCAUGACAGUGAAGAAGGUGACAGUCAUAGAAGACACAAACACAAAAAAUCCAAACGGAGCAAAGAAGGCAAAGACACAGGAAGUGAACCUGCCCCAGAGCCAGAGAGUGUCGAGCCAUCUGCUGACUAAACCUGCUAAACACACGUCCGACGCAGAAGCUACUAUUCAUUUUACCAAGACAGAUUCACGGACAUGGUUUUUGUUAGAAAUACAAGUAUUUUCUUCAGAUUAUUAUAAAUCCAAACAUUUGUUUGUUAGCAUGACAUUGUUCACUAUUUUUCUUUUUGCAUUUUUCUGGUUUCUGGGGAAGAUUAAAGUGAUUUUUUUUCA